AUGAGCGACGAAGUCUACGAGGGUGCCAUCGGCAUCGAUCUUGGCACCACCUACUCUUGCGUUGCCAACUACGAGGGCACCAAUGUCGAGAUCAUCGCCAACGAGCAGGGUAGCUUCACCACCCCCUCGUUCGUGUCCUUCACCAGCGAGGAGCGUCUCAUCGGUGAGGCGGCCAAGAACCAGGCUGCUAUGAACCCCGAGAACACCGUCUUCGAUGUCAAGCGUCUCAUUGGUCGCCGAUUCGAGGACGAGACCGUCACAAAGGACAUCAAGUCAUGGCCAUUCAAGGUCGUUGACCAGGGCGGCAGCCCUCUCGUCGAGGUUGAGUACCUCGGUGAGACCAAGCAGUUCUCUCCCCAGGAGAUCUCUGCCAUGGUUCUCGUCAAGAUGAAGGAGGUCGCUGAGACCAAGCUCGGAAAGAAGGUCGAGAAGGCCGUCAUCACCGUUCCCGCCUACUUCAACGACAACCAGCGUCAAGCCACCAAGGACGCCGGUGCCAUUGCUGGCCUCAACGUUCUCCGUAUCAUCAACGAGCCUACCGCCGCCGCUAUCGCUUACGGUCUCGGUUCCGGAAAGUCUGACAAGGAGAGGAACGUCCUCAUCUACGAUCUCGGUGGUGGUACUUUCGAUGUGUCUCUUCUCCACAUCCAGGGUGGUGUCUUCACCGUCAAGGCUACCGCCGGUGACACACACUUGGGUGGACAGGACUUCGACACCAACCUCCUUGACCACUUCAAGAAAGAGUUCACAAAAAAGACCAAGAAAGACAUCAGCGGUGACGCCCGUGCCCUCCGUCGUCUCCGGACUGCUUGCGAGCGUGCCAAGCGUACCCUCUCCAACGCCACCCAGACCACUGUUGAGAUCGACUCGCUGUUCGACGGUGAGGACUUCAACGCCAACAUUACCCGUGCUCGUUUCGAGGACUUGAACCAGAAGGCCUUCGCUGGCACUCUGGACCCCGUUGCCCAGGUUCUCAAGGACGCCGCCAUCGCCAAGGACAAGGUUGACGAGAUCGUCCUUGUUGGUGGUUCCACCCGUAUCCCCAAGAUCCAGAAGCUCCUCAGCGACUACUUCAACGGAAAGAAGCUUGAGAAGAGCAUCAACCCCGAUGAGGCUGUUGCCUACGGUGCCGCCGUCCAGGCUGGUAUCCUCUCCGGAAAGGCCACCUCCGCCGAGACUGCCGACCUCCUCCUGCUCGAUGUCGUUCCCCUCUCCCUUGGUGUAGCCAUGGAGGGUAACAUCUUCGCCCCCGUCGUUCCCCGCGGUCAGACCGUCCCCACUAUCAAGAAGAGGCAAGUGUUUUAA